CGCUCCACUGCUUGGUGAAGAUGUGGGCCUACAGGCGCGUCUGGAUGCUGGUGUUCUCCAUGCUCUUGCUGCUGUGCUACCUGCGUCCCGGGUUCUUGAAUUCAUUGUCUCCAAGCAAGUCUAUUCUGUGGAGCAAUGAAACUGCUAAUGGACAAUCUCUGGAAAAAACUUCUGUCUCGGAAGCUGUGUUUAGUUUUUUCUUUCCAACAACAUGCAUUCCAAAGGAGAAUCAGGUGGUGAAGCCUUGCAAUAAGCUGCAAGAUUUUAAUGAGAGUGAAUGUUUGAGAAAUAAAUGCUGUUAUUCGUCAGUCAAGACCAGUAACUUCAGCUGUUUUGCCCCACUAAAAGAUAAGCCUACGCAGAUGUUCCGGAUGUUUGGGUUUGUUGUGAUCAGCAUGAUCAGCCUGGGAUGUCUGCCCAUUUAUUGCUGCUCUUUUUGCCGGAGGAGCAGAUGGGCCAAUCCUUUACGAAGGAAAGUCAGCAGACUUUUAAAGGGUUUGAAGAAACAAAGAAGCAAUCUAAACAGGGAUGCUGAAAUGUUAGGGGCAGGAAUGGAUGAGGAAGGAUUAGAUGAUGAAAAGGAGGAGACCAAAGCAUUAUUUUCCCACUGAGAAGAACACAGAUCUUUCAGAGGAGACUGUACCAGUCAUCUAAACCUGAUGGAGCAUUUUAGAAGGAUAAGGAUUAGUUCUUAUUUUUAUGUUUACUUCCAGAUAUAAAAUAAAGUUAUAGUUCAGUUUUGGUGCAUCAAACCAGAAUCCGAAUUCUUCUUAUUAAAAAUAGUACAGAAUUUCUAAAACUAUAUGAAAAGCACUGCUGGCAUUUCAGGUCCUAGGUGGUGAUAU